CGUCGUUCGGGACCAAUUGGACCUCCACAAGCUCUGGAGAAUAAAUAAGCACCUAGUAUUUGAACUCAAAGACCUCUCGGUCAAAAAAAGAAGCUCGAGACUCAGAGCAGAAAUGGGUGAUCUAUACGCUUUGGAUUUCGACGGAGUUAUCUGUGAUAGCUGCGGAGAAAGCUCUCUAUCUGCCCUGAAGGCUGCUAAAAUCAGAUGGCCAGCUCUGUUCAACGGUGUGGAUUCAACUUUGGAGAAUUGGGUUCUUGAUCAAAUGCGCAUAGUGAGACCUGUGGUGGAAACUGGGUAUGAGAAUCUUUUACUUGUGAGGUUACUUUUGGAGAUGAGAGUUCCUUCUAUAGGGAAGUCAUCAGUUGCAGAAGGGCUCACAGUGGAAGGGAUAUCGGAGAAAUGGUCAGAGUUGAAGCCUGUGAUUAUGGAGGAAUGGGGUGAGGACAGGGAUGGUCUUAUAGAUCUGUUUGGGAAGGUUAGGGAUGAGUGGAUGGAACAGGACUUGAAAACUUGGAUUGGUGCAAAUAGAUUAUAUCCAGGUGUUCCUGAUGCUCUAAAAUUCACAAGCUCUACCAUAUACGUUGUCACUACGAAACAGAGCAGAUUUGCUGACGCUUUAUUGCGAGAACUAGCAGGAGUUACAAUACCGCCUGAAAGAAUCUUUGGUCUUGGAUCUGGUCCAAAGGUAGAAGUAUUGAAGCAACUUCAGAAGAAACAUCAGGGGCUUAAACUGCACUUUUUGGAGGAUAGACUGGCAACCCUAAAGAAUGUCAUCAGAGAACCUGAAUUGGAUGGCUGGAAUUUGUAUCUAGGGGAUUGGGGGUACAAUACACAGAAAGAGAGAGACGAAGCUGCUAGAAUUCCAAGGAUUCAGAUUCUUCAGCUUUCUGACUUUAGUAAGAAGCUCAAGUAACUUUACCAACAAGAAGCUGAAAUAGCUUCUGUCCGUACCAUUAUUGUUCCCUACGCAUUUGUGAAUUAGUACUAUGUAAACGGCUGACUAUAAUAUCUCUGUGCCAUAGAAUGUUAUCAUUAAGUUCUUGCUCUGUCUGUGCAAUGGUAUACAGGUAAACUAAAUUUGGUGAAGCCUUUGACACCAAACCUCAUUGCUUUAUAGUCGUUGAGAUAAUGAUCAAUGUUGGCUUACCACAUGUAUCUCCAACCGAUUGAGUUGAGACUUGAGACCAAUCCUACUGCUAAGGUCUAGGUUCUAGGAUGGGUAGAUUAGUGUCAAAGAUUACAGUAUAUUAUGUGACAACUUUUUCUGUGAAUUUGAUUAUCAAACUCUGUGAGCUACUCAUGACAUCCUUUUCUGUAAUAACUCAUGGAUCUGGAUGGACGUUUUACAAUUUCAUUGGCAUUAUAUUACCAACUUUGUUCAGAAUA